AUGGCGCCCGGGAUUUUACAGAAUGGCGGAUUCGUUCUGGGGCUGAUCGGCGCCGCGGCCCUCAUCGCAGCCACCGCCAUGAACAAGUGGAGCGUGAAGGACCGGCAGGGGGAUGUGGUGACAUCCGUUUACACCUACAAGGGUCUGUGGCAGGACUGUGAGACAACAUCGUCCGGAUUCACAGAGUGUCGCCCGAUGUACGGCCUCCUGGGAUACUCAGGAACCUUCCAGGCCGUGCGAGCCCUGAUGAUCGUGGGUGUGGUGCUCAGCGUGCUCGGGGCGCUCAUCUCGGUCUUCUCCCUGACCUGCCUCACCAUGAACAACAUGGCCGACACCACCAAGGCCAAGAUGAGCCUCACCGCCGGCAUCAUGUUCAUCGUCGCUGGUCUUUGUGGUAUUUCAGGAGCUUCUGUCUACGCCAAUCAGAUCGUGGCCAGUUUCAGGGUGUCCACCUACCCCAACUACGGAGGAGGAUACGGGAACGGGGUGGUGGGGGAUGGGAUGGGUGGAGCGAUAGGAGGUGGUAUGGGAUUAGUGCCCACAUACACGUUCGGCCCGGCUCUGUUCAUUGCCUGGAUCGGAGGCGGCAUCCUGCUUGUCGGUGGCCUCCUGAAGUCUCUGGCUUUCAGAGAAAUGGUGAAGGAUGAAAAGCCGCGCUACCCCGGGGUUGUUUACAAGCCUCAGUCGCACAACAAGGCUGAGCUGAUGGAUCAGCAUUCAGAGGGAGGCCACAGAGAGCAGAAAUAUGUGUGACUUCAGCCACAGUUUGUCGCUUUAAACACCCAGCAUGCUUUGUAAUGUUUGUGUUUUUUCAGUUGCCUCACAUUCAGUUAUUAUCUGAUAAAAGAAGCCGGUGGCAGCAGGUAGAGGAAGGAGUAGGUUUCCCAUCCCAGUGGCUCGGCUGCUGUAUGUAAUUGAUUUUUAUAAUUUGAGUUCUGUUAAAUCAACUUUUUUUUGUUUGAGAAUAAAACA